AAGGAAGAAGAAAGGCUAAGAUGAACAGGCAGAUUGUUUCCACUUGCCUAAGGAAACAGGUUCAUGUGCUCGAACUCUCUGACGAGGACAGCUCAGGAAAAGAGAAUUACUUUGGGAAAGGAGGAGGGCAUCCAGAUCGCGUUGUAAUCGACUCAAGUGAUGGAGAAUUUGAUAAAAUUUUGGAAAAACUAAAAACACGAACAACUAUUCCCAAAAAGUGCCGAUCAUCUGCUAAGAAAAUCAGUAAACAGAUUUCAAACCCAUGCAGUGAUGACAGCUUUGAGUCAUUAUUGACCCGUGUCAAGACUCCUAAGUCAGCAACCAGAAAAGGCUCUGUCAGUAGACAUGAUGGUUUGAAAGCAAUCAAUGUGGACUCGUCUUCUGAUGAUGACUCUGUCCUUGAGACCAAGAAACCUACGGUUCCCCAAGCCAAGUCAAACCUCAAGCCUUUUCAAGUCUCACAUCAAUUAAACUCUCCAUUCACAAAUGCCAUCAAGACUACCUAUUUACACCCCACACCAAAGCAGCGUUGCGAUGAUCCUGUUAUGUCAGUUACAACUCCCAUCCAAUCAUCUGCUCCUCCGAAGAUAAACAUUUCUAGACAACCAUCUGCGAGUUCAGACAGUGAUGGGAGCUUUGAGGAAUUUUUGAACAGGGUGAAGACGCCAAAGGCACAACUAAGAAAAUCAGUCAGUGGGAGUGAAGACAGUUUGAAAAAUUUCAUUGUGGAUUCUUCAGAUGAUGAUGACUUUGUUUUUGAGUCAAGAAAGCCUCCAGCCAACAAUGGUAGCACCAAGUCUAAACCUCCUCCUGAAGUUUCACCACAAGUUGAGAGACGACUCCUUUCAAACUAUGACUCCCCUGUCUUCCUCACUGAUGAUGAUGAUGACGACGAUGGAGUCGCCAUCACAAGCACUUGGAGGAGCCGCCACACCAAGUAUACUUCAGGGACCCCUCGCUCAGUCGCCGCUCCCGCCCCAUCCUCUGCUCCUCCAAAGUCCAGUCAGACUAAACUGAGUGGCUGGGUCAGCUCAGAUGAUGAGGAGGAGGUUGAGUCUUUAAUGGACCGCCUCAAGAAGAACUUAAGGCUAAAUAGUGACCGUGCCCAAAUUCCUAAAAAUAAGCCAGAGCCUAAACAGAAGCCAUGCCUCUCUGAUUCAUCUGUAAAGGGGAAAAUCCAACCAAAACACAGACGUGAGAAGGGAUCUGAGGGUAACCACACACCCGUGCAACCUCCAAAAAUCCCACUGGUCAGUCAGACGGAGCCCAGAGCCACCAGCGGAAGCAGGGUGAAUGCCUGUAAAGUCCCAGGCUGUUUCCUGCAGUCUCUGUCGGACCCUACAUCAUCUUACUGCCGAAGUUUCAAACAGAAAAAGGAAGAACUUACCAGCAAACUGUAUCGUCUAUACAACACCAGUGUUUUUGAGAGCAAGCUCCCGGCCGACAUGUCUGUCACUUGGUGCAAUAAGAUGAGGAAGACUGCAGGAUUCUGCAUCACAGGCCAGGAGCGUGGCACAGGCGUUCGCUAUGCACGUAUACGACUGUCUACCAAAGUCUGUGACUCUGCAGAUCGUCUGAGGGACACCCUGGUCCAUGAAAUGUGCCACGCCGCCCCUUGGCUUAUCCACAAUGUGCGGGACGGCCAUGGACCCAUCUGGAAAAUGUUUGCCCGGAAAGCCACACUGGCCCAUCCCGAGCUGCCCAUGGUCAGCCGCUGCCACAGUUACGACAUCAAGUACAAGUUCCAAUACCAGUGCAACCGCUGCAAGAAUACCAUUGGACGGCACUCCAAGUCGCUGGACACCCAGAGGUUUGUGUGCGCUCUGUGCACAGGGCAGCUGGUGCUGCUCACGCCCUCCAAUUCCCGCGGACCCACGCCCUUUGCUAUCUACGUGAAGGAGAACUACAAGACCAUCCGGCAGCAGCUGACUGGCCAGAGUCACGGGGACGUCAUGCGCAAACUCAGCGCGGACUUUGCCAGCAAGACGCGUCUCAGCGAGAGCUGAGUGCCUGCUGGAGGAACGUCGGGAUAAAACAAGAGAUUUGUGGUUCUUACAUGCAUAAAUAAUCCAUACCUCACUGAUGAAAUCAUUUGGCAGCUUCAACAAAAUCAGUCUCAGGGACUCAGAAGUUGAAUCUCAACUUGUGAAGGAGUGGGACAAUAUAGGGAGUAUAAUUCAGCUGCUGACAAAUGCUGGAAAUAUUUUAACUAUCUAAUAUGUGACUCUAGUAGAGUUGCAAAGUUUGCAAGUCAUGUUUCUGUCUCUUUGAUGUUUUAGAUUGUUUCUGUGAAUUUCUGUGUUCAGUGAUGUGUCUUAUGAUCUAUUUUCUUUUGUGUCUUUCUCAAUAAAGACUUUUUUGUGUACCAACAA